AUGAAGUUAAACUUAAAAUAUGCUCGCACAGCGCUUUCUCUGAAGUUUCUAAAACUUCAUAAUCUUCAAGAGCACUCAUUUUUUGAAAAACGUGGGAUCACACAGAUUACUUACAGUGCGUUUAUUCAUAUUCCAUUCCGAGAGAUGAGCGAAGAUGAAUCGGUUUCUCUAGACGAAUUAGAAGACAAAGAAAGCGAUUCUGAAGAAAUGGAAACGAAGGAAACAGAGGGACCUAGUUUCAAAUGCGAGUAUUGUGGGAUCGUUUUUCAAAAGCACACAAAGUAUAUUCGUCAUGUCAGAACCCAUACAAAAGAAAAACCAUUUCAGUGUACAUUUCCAGGUUGUGGAAAGUGUUUCAGCAGAAAAGACCAUUUAACGAGACACAUAGCGUCGCACAAUGACAAAUAUGACUUUUUCUGUCCUUAUGAAGGAUGUACCAAGAGGUUUAACACUCAAUAUAACCUAAAUCGCCAUAUCAAGAAGCACAUUCAAAAGGAGAACAAUCCCCCACAGACCUACAAGUGCAGCUACUGCGACGAAGAGUUUACCAAAAAGCAGCACCUUCGAAAGCACGAAUUUGUUUUCCACACGGGCAUCAAACCUUUCCAAUGCCAAUUUCCUGGCUGUAAUAAAUCCUUUUUAUCUCAAUCCCGUCUCGUGAUUCACGAAAAGGUCCAUAAGGAAGCCACCUGCAUUUGCAGCGUUCCUGACUGCUCAUUCAUUGCUUCGAGCAUCGAAGAGUUCAAAAACCACAUGAAAACAGUCCAUGCGCCUCCCAAACCGUCGAAACCUUCCUCUUCUUCUCCCAAGUCAGAGCUCUCUCCGCGCAUUCCCUGCUCGGUUCCUGGAUGUUCGCACACCUUUACAUCGAGGAAAACCAUGCUGGCGCAUGUAACGACGUUCCACAACCACGUGAAAUACAAAUGCGAGUACUGCAAUAAGGUCUAUGCGCACCUUCCCUCGCUGUCUCGUCACCGAAAGAAAAUGCAUGUAGAGACAGUAGAAAAACGAAAUAAAGGCGUGGAAGAAGCGAAUUCUGGUAUCGCUGGGAGGUCGAGGGACGUACUUCCGUCUCAAUGA